GUCUGUUAGGAGGGCUGUUGGGAGUUCGACAAUAUCCUUUAAUAUUUUUUAAUUAAAAAAAGAAUAAUUAAAACUACGUUGACCAAAUCACCUUCGAGGACGACGUUUUCUGCUCCCUGAUUACCCCCCUCCCGUUAACCCACCAUGGACGAGGACGGCGGCGGCGUGUCGCCCGACUUGAAGGACUUGGAGAUGAAGUUGGGUCGGAAAGCUCCGGAAAGUCUCGUUCGGUUCCUGACAGGCGGGAAACACAGCGACAAGUGGGCUCCUGCUCCGCACCUCGCGACCUGCAAGUUCUGCGCAAACUCCGCGGACCUGAAAAGGCUCGAGAGCAAAAUGUCACUACUGAAGCAGGAAAUGGCAAAUCUGCGAGCCAUCGAUGUGAAGCUGAUGCAGCAGUUAAUGUCAAUCAAUGAGGGCAUCGAGUCCAUCCGUUGGGUCAUAGAAGACAAAGGGGGCCUGGCGAGCCAAGACGGCAGCCUGACGGGCAGUACUUACAGCCUCUCGGACAGCCAGGAUGGUACGUCGCUGCAAGGCAGCUUCAACAGUCUGAACGAUGGGAACGGUGACGGACUGGAUGGCCUGUCCGUCGGCAGCUACCUGGACACGCUUGAAGACCUACCGGACGACCCCUCACCCACGGGCCUGGACUGCUUCGUGGAUAAAACUGUAGUUGAUGGCGACGGCUUCGCCAAAUCGCCUCUAAAAGCCAGGAUGGAAUCGGAUGAAUAUUACUGCUUUCGUUGAAGCUUUAACGAAUUGUUACAGAGACUACUGAGAGUACGGAAAGACGUAACUGUUUUACACUGCCGCCAGUUUAUUUUUCUGUCCCACACGCUUGUUUUUUUAUUAUGACCUGUUGCUACAAAGCCUUUUUUUUUUAAACCUUAUUAGACAAAAGCUUCAAACUGUUGAACAAGAGACAAAAAGCAACGUCCAAAUGUCUUAAUGUGCAGCUUCCUAGGUAAAGACGUUGCUGUGUUUUACAAAAUUCCUAUUACUAUUUAUUGUCGGGGUUACCCAAUUCCGUCUUUUUUCAUGUUUCUUGCCUAAAAAUUGUAUGAAGAAAUUUUUGAACGAAAGCGUAGCCCCCUCAGAUUAGCCAAACAGCUGAAUAACUUCUCUCCAUACGUGGAUUUUACACUGCGAGGAGAACCUACUUUGGCUAGUUUGAGGGAAAAAAUGUCGAUUAGAAUUUAGCAAUGCAGACUAUUUCGGGUGCUGAAGUAUGAUUGUCACGGAAAGUGCACUUUGCUUCUAUGCCAAAGUCUUAUAAUCAACUACUGUAGCAGGUUAAAGCCAUGUCACACAGCUACAACAUGCAUUUUGCGCAUAUUGCAUGGAUGAAAAUUGAUCAUAUGAGGAAAAAGUGAGAAAAGUUGUGGUCUUUACGUGAAAUUUUGACAAAUGUAUCAGAAAUGAACUAUAUUAAAACAACAAAAGAGGUACAAAUAAAACCACGCAAAGAACACCUAAAUCAAGGUAGAGCAUGAACCGUGUAGGACUAUUGCGCUGUUUAUGCGCAAUUUGUUAAUGAUUGGUGUGUCAUUUAGGUCAUUUUAACAUAUUUGCGCCGCAUGCAUAAUAUAGAAAUUAUACAUUGGUGGUACAUACAUGAAAAGUCCAUUAGACAUACGCUGACGGAUCAUAGAAAGCCACAAAUUUGCGUAUGCAUCUCGCAAAAAAUCACACAGAACUGCAUAAGGUUUACGUAAUAAUUGUGUGUAAACAUGAAUUGCGUAAUUUUGACCAAUUUUGAACAGCUCGAAACCACAUUUACAAGGUCGAAACCCUCGACAGACAUCUGCCAAUGUUGACGAAUGCCGAACACAAGAAACAUGAAUUACGUAUAUCACGCAUUUACCCGAAAGACCAAAAUUUCAAAUGUGGAAAAUGCGCAAAAUCUACGUAGUGGCUGUGUGACACAGCCUUUAAACUAACCAACUGUCCUUCCCUUUGAAGGUACAGCAGGCACAACAUUUGAUGCAUUUUCAGGGCACCAAUGCUCGACUGAAAACCAAAGGAAUUUUAUUGUCUUAAAGAUACUGUAAGGCUGAAGCAACACUACGUUCUUGUUUUUUAUCGUUUGGGAGAUUUUUAGAUAGCAGGGAAAUGUGAAGCAUCCUUUUUUGAUUGUUUGUUUUGGGCCAUGUUUACUUGCUCCACAAUGCUGGUCUGUAAAAUGUUUUGGCUUUAAACCUCACUUUUGUAUGUUUUGAAACUGCUGUUUGACAGAAAAAACAUGUUUGCAUUGACUGAUCUGUUAACUGUGUGCUGUUGAACUGAAAUAAUAUAUUGACAUUUUUUUCUCAUUCA